AGCAUAGCAGUUGAAGAAGAAACAAAAGUAUCAUCGUGGAGGGCAGGGGUGGGUGACUUGGUGGUGGUGCUGGUCAUUCUUCAUUUUGGUCAAGUUUCUCUUUUCUCUCUCUCUCUCUCUCUGUCUUUUCUUUUUCUUAAUUUUUCAUUUUCAAACACAUACACAAUAUCAGCUGCUUCUCUCUCUCUCUCUCUCCCCUCCCUCCCUCCCUCCCUCUCUCAUAAUUAUCUAUUCAACGCCUGAGAUUAACACUUCGAUUGACUGAUUUAUAAUCAUACUCAAUCUGUGUCUUAAGCAAAGCAAUCGUUAUCAGUAGAUACAAGGCCAUCGCUCCAAAAUUUCUGCUUUCACGGGAUUUAAUUGAAUAUAGAUCUGGAUGAAUGACAUAUGUAUCGGCCGAAGAGUGUUCCGAGCUCAAGUUUGGUCCAUAAAAGCCCUCCAGUUCAUGGUCAGCAUUUAGAUUGUGGUGCCAUUGCAAUGGAUCCCAUCAAUGGAGGAAAUAGUCUCAACAACAACCCUAGUCUUGCUUCGAAGCAGCGAUUGCGCUGGACUCAUGAGCUUCAUGAACGCUUUGUUGAUGCAGUGGCACAACUUGGUGGGCCAGAUCGGGCUACUCCUAAAGGUGUUCUCAGAGUUAUGGGCGUACAAGGUUUGACAAUAUACCAUGUCAAAAGCCAUUUACAGAAAUAUCGACUUGCGAAGUACCUUCCUGAUUCUUCAUCUGAUGGGAAAAAAGCUGACAAGAAAGAAACUGGAGAUAUGCUUUCCAAUUUGGAUGGUUCAUCUGGAAUGCAAAUUACAGAAGCACUCAAGCUCCAGAUGGAAGUGCAAAAGCGACUGCAUGAGCAAUUGGAGGUGCAGAGACAACUGCAGUUACGCAUUGAAGCUCAAGGGAAGUACUUGAAGAAGAUAAUCGAGGAGCAACAGCGACUCAGUGGCGUCCUUGUAGAGGUUCCUGGUGCAGGUGCCUCUGGUCCAAUAUCAGGUGAUAGUUGUCCAGAAUCUGACAAGACUGACCCAGCAACUCCUGCUCCAACUUCUGAGUCACCCAUUCAAGAGAAGGCUGCCAAGGAGCGUGCCCCAGACAAAAGUCUUUCCAUUGACGAAUCAUUCUCUUCUCACCAUGAGCCAUUAACUCCAGAUUCACGUUGUAAUGUUGGUUCCCCAGCUGAGAGCCCUAAAGGUGAGAGAUCUAUGAAGAAGCAACGGGUGUGCAUGGCCACUGCAUAUGCUAAACCAGAGAUGGUCCUUACGCACCAGAUACUGGAGUCGAGCUUAAACUCCUAUCCACAGUCACACUCUGUCUUUCUGACUAGAGAGCCAUUUGAUCCUUCAUCUGGAUUAUCUAUGGGAAAUGAUGAUCAAAUAGAAAAGGUUUCAGGCAGUGAUCUUUAGUUUUUCUUGCUACUUGAUAGCUGCCCUUAACAACUAUUUUUAUUUGCUGUCUGUGUAAUUUCCAAGAAUAUGUUCCAAGCAGGUUAAAUAACCAUUAAUGUUAGAUGUAUUAGAAUUAGGUUGAAGGAAAGCUGCUCAUUUAUACUGAUUUUCUGUAGACUGUCGUAGGUGCUUGAGGUUCAUCCAAAAGUAUGCAUGCGCGGUGAAUAGGGAUGUGGGGUUGGUUAAAAUGUGAUGUUUGUACAAUAGACCUCUAAAUGCUUGCAUCUGUUUCGACCA